AUUUUUCUUAGAGUUCAAAAAACAAAAAUCAGUAAAAUAUUUAUUACGACAAGCGUUCACCAACCGAAACCUAGCCUCCGAGCGUGUGUGUGUGUGUGUGUUACUAUGGUGAUGUACGGCAAUUGUGGCCAACGACCGCUCAGGGGACGACAAAUCAGCAGAAAGGAUUGCAGUGAAGGUCCGUGAGUGAGUGUAGUGUGGUGCCGAGUGUGUCCGAUUUCUACCUCGUCUGUGCGUGCGCUGCUCGUGUGUUUCUGUGUUUGUGGCUGUGAAAGUCACUUCAAAAAAUCUCGUGCAAAUACCUUCAUGAAGAAAGGCGGGAAAGAAGCAGUGCAAAAAUAAAAAAAAUAAAAAAUAAAUAAAAAUAAUCCAAUCCAAACGACCGUCUGUGCCCGUGGAUCACUGCGAAAAAUCGACCAUAAAACCAGUUUUAUGCUGCACCGGGGGAAAAGCGCCGAAAUACUCCUCUGAACGAAACUCUAAGUGAACGAAAUAGUGAACUAUACUGCCAACAGUGGAAUAAAAAGAACACCUAAAAUAUCAAUAAUUUAAAAGCUACAUUCACACAUCGACAGAUAUGAAAGCUCUCUUAAAGCAUCUGAAAAUAUUCCCACCAAAGAUGACGCUGGCCAUGCGUCCGGGAGUGCGCUUCCGGCUCUUCAUACUGCUGCUGCUGUACGCCAGCACGAUCGGCACGGUCAGUGCCUUCAAGCAGCCACUGUCGAAGCUCCGCUACCUCGAACACUUCCAGUACGAAUGCUUUCCACCGGAGGCAAAAGCUAAUCUGGUGCCACGCUUUGCCUCCUCGAAUCAGAACGACUCGAUCUCGCUUCAGGUGUCGCGCCGCUACACGCAUCAGAUUGUGUCGCGCGUGUACGCAAUCUUGCUGCGCGAGGUGCUCGGCUACGGCAACGUGAAGAUGGUGGAGUAUUCGGACGAGCUGCCGAUCUUGGAGAAGGAGCGCAUCAGGAUGUUUCAUACGCUCGAGCAUCUGACGAGCUACGGAGGUGAAUGGCCCGAUCCAACGAUCGAUCUGGAGGUUUGGCUACUGUCCGACUACCAUUACAUCCCGGGCGAGAUCCGUGAAGCGGGAGCCAUCGCAAAUCCGGGCCGAUUUGGGCUGUUCCUGCCGAAAGCGCUGAUACGCAAGGAGGACAACUUCCCCAAGCCGCUGAUCUACACCCUGUUCCAGGAGGACUCCAACAACCAUCGGUACUACGAUUUCAUCAAGAAGUUUGACAUCUCCCAGCCGGUGCUGGAAUCGAUCUACCGAUAUGCGGAGCGCAAGUGUGACAACGACUGCGACGACUACGGUAUGUUUGUGCCGACCCAGUGCACCCAGGGCGUGAAGUGUGCGCUGGUGCUGGCCCCACACUACGAGGACACGCGCUUCCUGGUGCAGCACAUCACCGAGAUGAACUUCCAGCUGAAGGUGAUCUGGUUGGGCGAUCGGCUAAAGCUCGGCAUCCGGCAGCUGAUGAAUACGUACGGGGGCGAUCGUAAGAAUGGGAAGAAGUUUCUCGUGUUUCACUGGACGCCGUCGGAGGUGAUCAACACGCGCACGAUGGAGUACGUACCGAUCACGAUGCCCCGGUGUGAGGAUAUGAUCGCGAGCAACGAUACGGGCUGCAAGUACGAGAUGACGCCGCUGCUCAAGUACUAUGGGAAAAAGUUCCGCGAGGCGGACUACGCCUUCAACUCGCUCAUCUUAACGCACUUCGAGGAGCAGAGCAUGCAGCAAAUCUUCGACCUGUACGAUGCGCACGAGCCGGAAAUUAUGCGUGUGCGCGAGGAAGGCGAUCCGGACCAGACGCGGGUGGCCGAGAUUUACAAUCAGAUUGCGUGCGAGUGGAUGCAAGCGCAGGAAAGCACUUGGAUGCGAUGGAAACCGGAGGACCCGAAGGAGGAGGUGUACAUUGGGGGGAUCUUUCCGCUGACCGGGAUGGGACCGUCGUAUCUGGGGAUUGCACCGGCCGCCCUGCUAGCGCAGGAUCAUAUCAAUGGGAAUGGUACGAUCUUGCCAAACUACGAGCUGACGGUACAGCAGAACGAUGGCCAGUGCCGGGCGGACACGGUGAUGAAGUCGUUCAUCAGCUACUACAUCCAGCAGACGCGCAUGAUCGGCAUUCUGGGUCCUGCCUGCAGUGAAACGGUCGAACCAAUUGCUGGUGUUUCGAAGCACUUCCGGAUGGCUGUCAUCUCCUACUCCGCCGAAGGUGCUUUCCUGUCCGAUCGGGAAAAGUAUCCGUUCUUCUUCCGCACGAUCGGCGAAAACCGUCAGUACGAGCACGUGUACGCUCAGCUGCUGCAGCGCAUGAACUGGCGCCGGGUAGCGGCCCUGACGGAGGACGGCCAGAAGGCGACCGAGUACAUCUCCUACAUGGAAACGCUGCUCAAGGAGCGCUCGAUCGAGCUGAUCUCGAACAAAAAGUUCCCGCGCGAUCGUACCGAUACCGAAAUGAACCAGUAUCUCCUAGAUCUAAAGUCCAAAAGUGCUAAAAUCAUCAUCGCCGACGUGGACGAUAAGGUGGCGCGGGUGAUAAUGUGCGAGGCGUACAAACUCGAGAUGACGGCCGAAAAUGGAUACAUCUGGUUCCUGCCCAUCUGGCUGUCGAACGUGUGGAACUUCAGCUCGGAGGUACCGGGCGGUGAAAACGGUGCCACCGCCGUACCACCAACUUCUACCAACAGAACGACGCGUGGCUGCACCAACAGCGAGCUGCUCCGCGCCAUGAACGGGCACUUCUCCCUUUCGCACGCCCCGUACGCCGACGACGACAGCAUCCUGGACGUGAACCGAAGCGCUACGGUGCGGGACUGGAAGCAGGCGUACAACGUCUCCCUGUCCGAGUACAACUACAUGGCCUCGGAUUACGCCGGCUUUGCGUACGAUGCUGUCUGGGUGUAUGCACUAGCCUUCGAUCGACUGCUCCGGGAAGAUCCUUCCUAUAUUAGCGAUUUGCACUCGCGCCACACCACCAAACGGCUGAUGGAGCUGAUCCGUGAAACCGACUUCCAGGGCGUUACCGGAAGGAUCAAGUUCAAUGAGGCAGGCUCACGGUACACGAUCGUCAAUGUGCUGCAGUUUGUAAAUGGGACGGCUAACAUUGUGGGCCACUUUACGCCCAACAUUUCCGAACCGGACUACAAGCUGCUCGGGGGUGAUUUAGUGCUGAACGAGUCCGCGAUCGUGUGGAUGACGCGGGACGGCCACAUCCCGGACGAUGGUACGCCGGUGUGUGCGCUCGAGAGCUUCGUGCGCAUUUUUGGCAUCUCCUGCGACGAGGUAACGAUGAUCGUCAUCUCGAUGGUGUCGAUCAUUAGCAUACUGAUCCUGUCGGUGGCGUCCUUCCUGUUCUGGAAGGUGCGGUACGACCGGAAGAUGCAAACGUCCGCCAAGUAUCUGCAGAAGCUCGGGAUCGAUCUGCUGUCGCAAACGUCCGGACCGGUCAACACGCUGGACAAGUGGGAAAUACCGAAGGAUCGUGUCGUGAUCAAUCGCCGGCUGGGGGAGGGUGCCUUCGGCACGGUGUACGGCGGUGAGGCACAGAUCGGGGACGAAGGAUGGACGGCGGUCGCGGUGAAGACGCUCAAGGUGGGCUCGACCACGGAGGACAAGGUGGACUUUCUGUCCGAGGCGGAGGCGAUGAAGCGCUUCGAUCACAACAACAUCGUCCGGCUGCUCGGUGUGUGCCUGCAGUCGGAACCGGUCUACACGGUGAUGGAGUUUAUGCUGUACGGUGAUCUCAAGACGUACCUGCUCGCCCGUCGCCAUCUGGUGAAUAGCAAGCAGUCGGAAGACUCGGACAUCUCGAACAAGCGGCUCACGAUGAUGGCGCUGGAUGUGUCGCGGGCGCUCUCCUACCUGGCCGAGCAGAAGUACGUCCACCGGGAUGUGGCCUGCCGGAACUGUAUGGUGAAUGCGCAGCGUGUCGUCAAGCUCGGUGACUUCGGCAUGGCCCGGCCAACGUUCGAGAACGAUUACUACCGGUUCAAUCGGCGCGGCAUGCUGCCGGUGCGCUGGAUGGCACCGGAAUCGCUCGGGCUGGGCAUCUUCACGCCCGCCUCGGACGUGUGGUCGUACGGGGUGCUGCUGUACGAGAUCAUCACGUUCGGAUCGUUCCCGUUCCAGGGGCUGACCAACAAUCAGGUGCUGGAGCAUCUGAAGAACGGCAACACGAUCACGAUACCGGCAGGCGUUAAGCCACAGCUCGAGGGUUUGAUGAAGGCGUGCUGGAACCAGGACUACAAGAAGCGACCCUCCGCCUCGGAGGUGUCCGAGUUUAUCUCCAACUACCCGCGGCUGCUCAACCCAUGCCUGGACGUGCCGCUCGCCUCGGUCGAGAUGGUGGACACGGGCAGUGAUCAGUUCGAGCUGCUGCCCGGGUUGCGCAAGUACAAGGAUGAGUCGCAGCAGCCGACAGCCGACCUGCUCGUCGGCACGCAACCGAUGAACGAUCUGAACAAUGGGUACAACAACGUCAGCAUCAUGUCGACGGGAGGAGCUCAGCGGGCGCACAACCGCGCCCGAGCAAUCAAUCUGAACGAUCUGAACGUGGCGACAGACUUUACCACCGUCAAUCCGAUGCCACCGCUCGACGAUUACGUGGAGGAGGAACCGGCGAUGGCAAGAAGGCAACCCUUUGGUGGGUCCAGCUCGACGCAACGGCAAACCACCUCCACCAACCAUCUGAACGUGUACAACCCGAUCGAGCCGCUGCUGCAGCGCGACACGGAGGUGACCAAGAGCAACAACAGCCUGCUGCGCUACGUGCCAAUGUUUGGGUUCGGGAAGAGCAAAACCGUCACGAUCGGUGGGACGACGAUCGUGACGGGUGGUGCUGCGGGUGGCGGCGGCACCGGUGCUGGUAGGACGGUGCCACCCACCACGGCCCUCCACUGUACGACGUCGCUCGGUGCGAUGGCCGGCCCAAGUUCGCCCCAGUCGCCGACCGGAUCGGUGCUCGGCAUGAGCGGCGGCACGAUGAUCGUGAACGCUCGCAGCACUAGUACGACCAUUUUAUAGCACGCCAAGGACGAAGGGAAGGAGAAGCUGUGCAGUGGCAAGGUGACGGAUCAACCAGAACAGACGCAUGUCAUGGUGGAUCGAGGCGGCGUCGCUUCAGAAGACAACUGAAUCGGGGCGGGGAGUCUGCACCCUUCCCCUAAAAACCAAAUGAAUCCUUUUAUAGAAAAAUGAAACAAGCUUUAAAAAUAUAUGUGUAGGAAAAACUGGGAGGGAAGUUUCUAACAAAGACGCAAAAGAAGGGGGGUAUGGAGAAAUAAUUAAACAAUAAUAUAGCGCUUCCUUAUACUACAUAGACAUAUGUAUAUAUGUAUGCGCCGUAAUAAUCUGCCAACGGGAAUCAUUCAACACUGCUCGAGGAAUCGAAGGAUCGAAGAUUUUACCACUAACAAUAGACAAUUAGUUUUAAGAAAACGUUUGUUUAAGGAGCGCACCAACAGUGCAGAAAGGGGGAGAAGAUUAGUCUACUACUUUUAUGCACAGUCAGAAUUCAACUAUUAUUUAAUUUUGAUUUUUGUUUGUUUUCAAAACCACACCACCGCCAAUGCCACGAUUAAAAGGCGAAUUCUGGCUGUAUAUUAAACAUAGGUGUAUAGCAAACCCAAACACAGCCACAGCGAUAGAGCCCCAGAGAAAAGCGAAUCCAAUUGGAACAGAAAUAAUUGCGAUCGAGCAUAAUAAUCUCAACAGUACAAACUAACUCAAUACCGUCCACAGGAGCGCAUAUUGUAUGCAAAAGCACAGCAACAAACAGAAGAAGAAAAAAAACACACACACACACAAUACAACUGUAGAACAAUAGACGUGAAAUAAGAGAGAAAAGCGAAAUAUUUAACAGACAAGAAGGAAAGGAGAAGUCGUGUGAAAAUUUUCUCACAUUGCAUCUAUUAAAUGAUACCAUGAUAAUGAUGAUUACAUUACAGGGUUUUUUCAAGAGUUCUCAUAACUGUGGGACACUUUAUCCACUCUUUCUUCUUGGAAAUGAACUUAAUAUAAUGGGAAUUGCACUCUAUAGCACUCUUGUUGAUCAAAUCCAAUAGGAAUUUCUAAGGAGCCUGUCCUAAUAGGAUGAAUUCAAUUUCCAUCGUAUGAAGUUCAUUUCCUAUAAGUAAGAGUCAAGGAAGUGUCGCACAACUAUGAAAACCCCUGGAAAACCCUCCCUGUAUACCUUGUUUAAGGCUAUGGAUUAUGAAAAUAGGUGGUAGUAGAAGUUGUAGGGUUCCAACCCCGGUAAGGGACGAUCAAUACGUUCAUGUUAAUUUGAGGCCAAGGGUGAAAUUAGCGAAAAGAUUAUUAUUAUUACCAAUUUAUUUGAAUUAUUGUGAAAAUUGCACUCUCUGCGCACGUUUUUACCAUUUAGUGUCUGGGAGUUUAUAUGUAGCGAAAGACAGUGGAGUGGGUGUAAAAAUAGUGAAUUCGUGGUGUUAUUUGUUUUGUUUAGCAAAAACAAAAAAAAAGAAGAAUAGCAGUAAAUAGAGUAAACGACCACGCUAAAGAUAAUAAUCCCAAUCAUAAUAAUAAUGCUGAUGAUAGCCAAAUUUUUCUACCACUCAACUAUAUAACAUAAUCGGUCGAUUAGGAUGAUUAUGAGGAUGAUGAUAGGGUCGAGAUGAUAAUGAUAGGUAGUAGUCUUUAGCCACCACCACUGCUGGGUAGUGAUAGUAAAUAUCGAAUCUAGUUUCUAGUAGCAUUUAGAAAACGGAGCAGAGAGCGAAGAGAAAGAGAGACUAGAAAGAAAUAGGGUUUGCUUGCUAUUUUAUCCUAGACAAACACCUCUGUUGUUAUGGUAACGAUCUGGGAUGUAGUCGAUCCGUUCUAUUAGGGGGUGAGACCUACUAGAACCCAAUCUCAUGUAAAGGAGCAAGUAUCACCACCACCAAAUCAAAUCAAGAGAAAGCGGAAAGGAGAAAGCAAAUGAAAACAAAAACAUUGUGAUUAUCAAAAGAAAUAUUCAUCAUUUAAUCUAAAGCAAGAAAAAAAGGAGAAGAAAAACAUGUUACUAAACCAUGAGGCGCAAUAUUAGUAAGCAAAGGAAGAGAGGAAAAGGGCAAUUUAGAGAUUAAAAGAUUGGUUUGUUGGAGCAACAAAUACGCGGAUACGCGUACGAACGAGAUGAACCAAAGGUGCGAAAUGCGACAAAACGGAAUUUCAACAAAAGAAUUAUUGUAUGAUAUCCCCAAGCAACAGCAACACCAUCAAAGAAUGUAGUGGUUGUUGCAGGAUGCAUUCAGUCCCAAAGUACCUUUCUUCAUGAUUAGCGAGAUAAUUCGGAAGCUCUAACAGUCGGCUAGUACACACCUUUACAUAAGAAGGUGUCCCUUUAGCGGAAGGAAAUGGAAUGAUUUAACAUUUUUUUUGGGUUAAUUUAAGUUUCCCCCUUUGUUGGUGGCUUAUCAACUACAGAGAAUGCAAACUACUAUCUCAAAAAAACACACACACACUCACCUAAAAACUGCCAACCACUACAAACUUAACGUACUAGAUAAAACAUAAACACACACUGAUACAACAAUAGUGCUGCCAAAUAGUUUUUUUUUUUCGAAAGAGCAAAACCAAAAAUGAAUGCAUUUAAAGUUGGCUUUUCUUUUUAAUAUAAAACACUUUGAACUUUAUAAGCUACCUCAGGGGAUGAAGAAGAAAAGUAGUGACAAAAUUUAGUCCUUUUUUGUAAAACACCAAACAGCAGGCGUGGUAGUGUUAGCACCAUGGAAACGUUCCGAUCUGCUCGGCAGUGUGUGUGUGCUCUCUCGCUCUCUCUCUAGCCGGCAAACAUAAGACUGAUUAGUGUGUAAGGAAGACCCCCCUUCCAGUGGAGCAUUAGAGCAAGUCAGUGCGUACUUGGAUAGGGGUUGCGGGGGUUGCAAAAGUCCGGUAGGAGAAAAGCACCACCGAAGGGCCAGAAGGGACGUUUCUAGGAUUUUUUGAAAAAAAAACAAUGCCGUUUAGUAGAAGAAAAAACGGAGGAUCAUUUUGCCGGAUAAAGGAGCUUCGUUUUUAGCUAGUGCAAAUUUAACCCAGUUUUACACCUUCCCAAUCAUCGCGUAAUGGAUAUGAUGUACACGAUUGGUGUAUGGUGUACGAUCAUUAAUCAUGCUAUAUAGAACAUUAUAUACAACACACACACACAAACCACACACCAAGCAGAGACAACGCUUGUAUGGUUUAUAUAUACAGAACUAAUGUGUAUGACAAAAUAAAGCAAACACACAAAAAUGGAUUUCUACUACAAUGAUUAGAGAGGAAGUUUCUUUGUUCUCGCGUUGCAUUACACAUUGCAUUCCAUUGCUCAUCCGAAAACGGGAAUUCUCCUCGAUGUUGUUGUUGUUGUCAUCUGCUAGCUGCAUAACCCGCCACACCACUUUCUAUUUUUACUAAUAGUGUGUUUUAUUCUUUACAAUCGCAAUAAACAUAAUUAUUUUUUUUGCUCUCUCGUCAUCUCUGUUAUUAUGUUUCACACCCCUCCCUUCUCCUCCUAUCCCGUUCUCUUGUCUUUCCUGCUUUUUGUUUGUUUGUUUGUUUGUUUGCGUGCUAGAGUUUGCAAGUAAAUCCCACCAUUUAUAUACUCUGUCUGUCUGUUUCGCUCCUGCAGAAGAAGGAUUAGGAUUUUUAUAGUAAAAAUAGAUACUUUCAUUUACUUCUUUUGCCCAAAGACACACCAAUGCCGGAGGGGGAGGAGGAGGGUUGGUUAUUGAUUCACGUUACUACAAGCAGCAAGGAAUGUGUCUUUUUACUCAUUUUAAAUGUCUCUGUGGGUUGUGAUUUGGGAAAGGGAAGAGGAGCAAGGUUGUGUUACCAAUUUGGUGCAUGAUGUGGUAUGCAAAUUGUAUGAAAUUUAUAAAAUUGUACACAGCACUCACACACACACACAAGUCGGUCUGCGACGGAGGACAGUAUUGUUCUACAAAUGUUAGUAUUAAUUCCAGUAAAAAGGAUUAUUUUGUCAUUAGACAAGGACAAGAGUACAAGGGGAGCGAAACCACCAGGAUCGAAAGCAUAUGUUUACACCUUCCAAUGUUAUGUGUGUGUUUGUUUCAUAUUCUUAAAUAUUUGAUUCAUCAUCCUUACAUACGAUUCGUAAAAACUUUAACCAAAUUUAUAUCCAGUUUAGACAAAACAUGGUUUUAUAAUAGAAAAAAGAAGCUCUAUGUAUCAACAAACAAAACAGUUUCAAAUUGGAUGUGAAGAUGAAAGCGUGAAACGUUUGUUACGUUACUCUUCAUUUUGUUUUUUUUUUUCUU